AUGUCCGACGACAAUGAGCCGCAAGGCCCGAGCAACCCCUUCAUCAGGUUCAAGAAUCACGUCAAUGCACGCAUCGGCACCGGCGUCUCUGUCUUCACCGGCACCACGGAUGAUCGUGACAGGCCUCUGGGUAAUACCCAAGCAAGCAAUGUCGAUGGACAAAAUUCCACAGACCACCACGGUCCCGCUCAUACUGCGUCGUUGUCGCCAUGGCCAAGCAGGAACCAGUCUCGAGGCAGCUGCAGGAGACGGUCCGGCGUAGUCAAUUACUGGGACGACUGGUGCCAUGUCGACCCUUACAGCCCACACAACCUGCAACAUCUCCCACAGCCCACCCCAAAGGACCUGCCCUCCGGCGCUGACCCGGCCGACUUUGGCUUCCCUGAGGCCUUCGAGGACCUCAUGUCUGCGAGCAAUCCAUUCCGGGGCCACCUGAUGGACCUGGGCAUGCGAGCAGGUCUGAAGAAGUCCGCCGCGGGGAAGCUCGUCCAGCCAGAGACCCCGUCCGCCUGGGUCAGACGACUCUACGGCGACGCCCUGCUGCCUCCGCCCUUCAUCUGGGAACAGCCAAGGCUGGCCGGAGGGAUCACAUGGGUGGCGCACGGAGAACAGCCGGCGGCCGAAACUGUGCAUAGAGCUCAGCACGGCAACGACGACAUCGGCGAUGUUGCCAGAGCGUAUCUGGAGUUUAUGCGUCAGAUCGAUGGUAGAGUUGACGAGUCGUUCUCAAAGUUCGAGGAAAUCGUGGGACGGGACAUGGCCGAGAUGAUGCGGAAAGGGCAGAAACUUGCAGAGAAGGCCAUGGGAAUACUUGCUGGUGAGCGCUCCGAAGAUCACGAGGCCGGCAGCAGCCAAGCGAAAACGCAUGAUGGUGCGAAGCCUGCAUCGGCUAGCGAAGAAGACCAGCCCGUUACAGAGGAGGACCUGUUCGAGUUGAUCCAGUCCGCUUCGGCUGGGGAGGACAAGUUCCUCAACGACUUCGCGAAGAUUAGGGCUAGACGGGCUCCUCCACCAUCUGAGCGCACUACGAGAGACACGCCGCCUGCCAAAGAGACCGUCGAGUACGACCCCUCCGGCGGCAAGACAAUCAGGACAUCUUCCGAGCACGUUGACAUGUUUGGGUUUAUCCAUUCGAGGACUGAAGUCAGGAGACUCAACGCGAAAGGCGAGACAGUGGACUAUGAUACACGCUACUCCGUUCGCUCUUCUAAUGAUGGCUCCCGAGGCGAUCGUGCGCGCCAAGGGGAGUACAGCCCGCGAGUCGACGCGCCAGUCUCCGUAUUGAUGACACCGGAGCAGUACACCGCAUUCAUCGGGAAGUCUUCGGAUGAGCAGCUGGAGUCAUUCCAAAUCUCCAUGGCGGAGGCCGACGAAGCAGCCCUGGACCCUGACAACCUGGCCCUCAAGAACCGCCAGAUGCAGCUCAUACUGCAGGAGCAGCAGAGGAGGGCCAGGUCGAGGAACGAGCCUGCGACAGCGGAGGAGGCACCGCGGCCGAACACGGACGGGGUGGCCCGGGGCGGCCCGAACCACGCCCUUCAGGACUAUCAAAUGCAACUGAUGCUCCUGGAACAGCAGAACAAGAGGCGCCUCAGGCUACGAGCGGAAGCGGGAGAGGCUACAAGUAGCAAACACCAGGAUUAUCAAACGCAACUGCGACAACUGGAACAGCAGAACAAGGAGAGGCUAAUGCGGGCGAGGGAGCAGUCAGCUCAUAGCGGCGGGGAGCGCACUCUGCAGGAUCAUGAAGCGAAAGUGAGGCUCCUGGAAGAACAGAACAGGGAAUGGCUGAGGCGGGCGAGAGAGGAAGCGGAGGCUGAGCCGGCUUCUGACAAGCCCCAGGAGGGAACGAAGACCGAUUCUUCCUCCGGGUGGUUCUGGCGAUGA